AUGUCGUCCAGCAGUACCACAUCCGCUCCUGUUAAGCGAGCAUGCGAUAGAAGAAAGGUCAAGUGUAUUGGCGAAGGAACAAACCCAUGCAAGAACUGUCUCUCCGCCGGCCUGGCCUGCACAUACAAUGCCAUCCCACAGAAGAAAGGGCCCAAGGGGAGCAGGGCCAAGGUGCUCUCCGAACUUCGCGAAAACCAACGCAAUGCACAACUGGCCGCCGGAUUCCCUCCAGAUGUAGGCUACGACGGUCGUACGCUUUCAACCACAUUCGCACGCGCUCAGGGUCUCCUUCCCAAUGGACUGGUGGACACUUGCCUCGACUUUUUCUUCGCCAACGUCUAUCCCUCUACUCCUGUUCUGCACAGGCAAAAAGCGCAGGAGCUAGCUGUGAACAUGGAACGCUCUACGGAGGCAUACUGUCUGAUCGUCUCGUUAUGCGCGUACGUUAUGAUUCACGCAAACAUGAAGGUUCCGUCCAACAUGUUCUCUCGGCCCGAAGUUGCGCAGAUGUCGAACAUGACCUUAGGACACGCCCUUUUGGAAGAAUCGGUGCGGCUGUCAGAAGCAGUCCCCGCCUAUCUGGAAUGCACGGAGGCCCAAGGCGUCGAGAUUCGAAUUACGCAGCAAUGGCUCAAGGCCAUGGCCUGGCAGCUGUGCGUUUGCCAAGGCCUUGUGAGCAGUGUCACCAACGACAAUUGCAUGACUUUCAAGUACCCCAUCGAAAUCUCACGGGACCUCCUGACCAUGACCCACCAAUUUUCUCAACAGGCGAUGGAGGUCCAUGGUGCAGAAUUGAUUCUUCGAUCUCGUAAUCCUUGUCACUUGGACACUGAAGGCCCACCAAGCUCUGUCUUUUCCAAUUUCCUGGCGCGUCGCAUUCUUGGCAACGUGUUGCUCAUUCUAGACCACUUGCUGACAUGGCUGCAGAUUGAGAAACUUUUCGACAUUGCUUGCUGCUUAGCCGACGUGGUAGCGGUUACGUCCUUCUCGCCAGACGCGUUCGCACUCGGACCCCGCGAUUACGUGUCGCGUUUCCUAACGCUGAUCUCCACCCUGCGUGGCGGACAUUCGCGGUAUCUUCCGCUGCUCCUUGCCAAGCUUUCCGAGGUUCUGCCCAACUUACCCCUGCCCCGGUCUCUCAACCUGCCCCAGACACUCCCUGCUUCAACGAUCAGCAUGUCAGGCACUGGGACGGUCCCCUCCAACAUCACGGAUGAUUACUCGGCGAUGCCAGCCACAUCGUCGCCAUCGUACCCGUCUUCCGAACUGAUCCGCCGGCUUGCUGCUCAGACAGGCACCUUCGAGUCACGUCGAAGAUCUGUCCCUGUACGAUACCGCACACAGCCACAGCGCAUCGCAUUCUUCCUCAUCUGCGCCAAGGAGCAACUCCACUACACCCGGACCAUACGAGUCUACCAUGUCACAACGGAGCUCCCAAAUUCUCUCUCACCAGUCCGUGCAGAUUCCAACCUCACACCCGCAACACAACCAUAUGCAAUCGCACCACAUUUCAGUCGCCCAGACUGCCUAUGA